AUGGAUAUUUUAAAAGCAGAAAUGAUGAAAAAAAGAAAACAGCUUGAAGAAAUGAUGGAUGGUAAAAAAAAAUAUUUUAAGAGAAGUGAAUUAUUAGCAAAAGAGACAGCAACUUUACAAAGUGAUGUAAAUAAAAAUACAACAAAUGAAAAAGAAAAACCUGAAUCACAAGAUUCAGUGUCAAAUAAAAAAGAUCAUCAAUUGUCAAGACCAGAAGUUAUAAGACGUCUACGUGAACGUUGUGAGCCAAUAUUAUUAUUUGGAGAAUCAGAACUAGUUGCAUUUCAAAGAUUGCGUAAAUGUGAAAUUCUUGAGCCAGAAGCUAACAAAGGAUUUAGAAAUGAUUUUCAAGAAGCCAUGGAUCAAGUUGACCAAGCAUAUUUGGAUGAAUUGCUGUCAUUAUCAAAGCCAAAUGAUGUUGCUAAAAAAGGUGAUGUACCAGUUCCAGAUGAAGAAGUAACCUAUGAUGAUAUUCAACAAAUGUCUGAGAAAUUAAAUCGUGGAAAUCGUGAAUUUGACAUGACUGUAAUAACAAGAUUUCUACAAUUUCUUGUACAAGUAUGGGGUAAUCAAUUAAACAGUCGUGGUACUGCUGAAAAAAUGAGUACAAAAGGUAAAAUGGACAGUGCAACAUAUGCACAAACAAGAGAAUAUUUAAAGCCUUUAUUGAGAAAGUUAAAAAAUAAAUCAUUGCCAGAAGAUAUUACAGACAGUUUGACUGAAAUUGUCAAACAUUUGCUGGAAAGAAAUUACAUCUUGGCAAGUGAUGCAUAUUUACAAAUGGCUAUUGGAAAUUCUCCUUGGCCCAUUGGUGUUACUAUGGUUGGUAUUCAUGCACGUACUGGAAGAGAAAAAAUUUUUUCUAAAAAUGUUGCUCAUGUUAUGAAUGAUGAGACACAGAGAAAAUAUAUUCAAGCUUUAAAAAGACUCAUGACUAAAUGCCAGGAUUAUUAUACAACUGAUCCAUCUCGUUGUGUUGAAUAUACUAAAAAAUAAUUUAUAAUAACAACAUAAACAACAUGUGUAAAUAAUAAUU